AUGCCUACCCAAAUCACUUGCGCCUCUCGAUCCGUCCAUGAGUCCGCGGUCGGCACCCUCAACACCAAGACGGAGUCCACGACCACGACUCCGUGGCACUGCAGCGCCGCUCGCUGGGCAGACGGGCAAUGGAUCAGCGCCCCCAUGGGUGAAUUCCUCCAGGAUCAUAGGCUGGGGCGCACGUACGUGGACGUCCAGCCAAGCUACUUCAAGGAGAGGCAGCGGGAGACAGGCGCCGUCGGCAUCACUCGCGCCACAGCAAGCUAUUUCGAAGAGGCCAGACCUCGCAGCGCAAGCGGACAUCUCGGCGGAGCGCGCACGUCUAUCGAAACCUCACCCGGGAGUUGCGCCGUGUCUCGGCGCCGACAGGUGGUUUAG